CCCUCACUUCCAAGGUUCACCUUCACCUCGAGCUCUCACAUUUCCGCAUUUUUGACCUCCAUGCUGUCCUGUCCAUCAGGAUGCUGGAUUAACUUGCCUCUUCUUGGUCAAUGGCGCUCACUGCGGUACAGACAGUAAUGGGACAUGAAGACAAGAAAGCCAUCCAUCCUUUCUUUGCCAAGCCUACAAGUAGAACGAUACCGCCGGAAGAGAGCAAUGUCACCCAAGCGAGUAGUGAGGCCGAGGGUGACAAUGAGCUGGACUCGAAGCAAACAGACCCAGAUGCUCCAAAACGUCGCAAGCGGAGCAGGAAAGCUCUGAAAGAAGGCGACGAGGACAAGACUGCAUGCAAAGUACAGGCUUCGUUGCAGAAGUUUGGAUGCGGAGUCAACGGGCGCGUUCAGAACGCUGCAGAAGGCGCUGGGCCGCCUCUCUCUGCGGAGCUGGUAACUUCAGACGUACUGGAAGGAUCCGAUAUCGCGAACCGAGCACGCAGAAAGAGGAGGAAAACAUCGCCUCCCGCGGCUAGUCAUGGAAACGAUACCCUCGAAUCUGGAAACAAUGACUGGCAACAGCAGCUCCAGGUAGAAGCAAUGAAGGUCACGGACGCCCCGUCCAGCUCCACUGUGGAUACGGAUGAAUCAUACAACUCCUUUCCGGGCUCAGGUACUGUUGCAUCUUCCCUUGGGAAGCAAACAGAUGGGGCCGACGAUGGUGAAGAAGAUGGUGUGGUCCAUGGAAUAUCAAGCAAUAUCAUACUGAACGCAUCGACGGAUGCGACACCGAAAAGAAGGAUGGUGAAGGUCAGCAAGAACGGCAAGCUUCUAUCUUCGCCGGACCCCUUGGAAAGUGAUAAAAGCGCGUCUGCCAAUGGACAAAGGAAGCGAGGUAAGAGGAGUCAAAAGUCAAGACCUUCUUUCAACGUUGUGAUCAGAUAUGGCAUAAACGCCCAAGACCGCCAGCGCAUUGGCCAGAAAAUUGAAGAUAUCUUGAACGGCAGAGUUGGUACUGUCCGGCCAGUAACCCCAAAGAAAACGCCCUCGCACCCUCCUUUACCUGCAAAACCCACGCAUCCCUUCUUUCUAGGAAAAGCUCCUCCAAAAGCAGAAUACCAGGUUGCUACCGCACCCGCCCUUGACGAUGCUCCUUCAGCUCCAAAAACCCUGAGGAAGACAGCUGUGACUCCGGGGAAGUUGAUAGCUGAGACUCAGAGACACCAGGGUUCCCAGCAGACGUCUGUACCUUUAUUCGGUUCCGUAAGGGGAGGAGGCUCUGGUCCGAGGAGUGCAGGAGCUAUCGAAGCCGCCUGGCCGAACAGCGACUCGUUACAUGUCCGAGACAUCGGUUCAGAUGAUUUCGCGCAUGUUCCCCCGAAUCCAAUACAUGAAACAACACACUUUCGACCUCGAAAACAAAAGUACAACAUUGUUAACGUCCCCCAGGAGCAAGACCUGCUCGUUCAGCUGUCGCAACAGCUUAAGCAAAAUAUUCACGGUCAGAAUCUUGGCUCCAAGGUCGAGUCUGGGAGCUCCAGGCUGCCACACCGUCUCUUAACUACAGGAAUAGAUAUUCAAAGCAAAGUUCGCAAGGAAAUCAGCGCAUAUCCAUCCCCAGCCCAUGCAGCAGUUCAGGUCCAUUUCGAGGAUAUUGAGCACGUCCUGACACCAUUUGACAAAGGAAUUUGCGAAAGCCAGUCUUGGGUCCACAAAUAUGGACCUACCAUGGCUGCUCAAGUCCUGCAGGUCGGGAAAGAGGCUGCUGUUCUUCGUGAUUGGUUGCAGAACUUGACAGUAAAGAGUGUCCAGGGGCAAAGGGAUGCUACUUUGGAGGGCGGUGCCAGCGAUAGCAAGAAACCCCCUAGGAAGAAGAGGAAAAAGAUGGAGGAUGAUUUCAUCGUAUCGAGUGAUGAAGAUGCGGAUGACGAAUUGGUGGAGAUUUCCGAAAAUGAGGAGUAUGGAUCCUCUGAUCUGGUUCCACAUCGAGCAAGGUCCUUGAAAAGGUCACGAAUGUCCAGAAACAAGAACGUUGUCAUCAUCAGCGGGCCGCACGGAUGCGGAAAGAGCGCUACUGUCUAUGCGGUGGCCAAGGAACUCUGUUACGAGGUCUUUGAGAUCAAUUCCGGCAGCCGUCGUUCCGGAAAGGAUAUUCUGGAUAGGGUCGGCGACAUGUCUGAGAACCAUCUGGUUAACCAGGGACGUGGAGAAACGAGCGACAAGGAUAACUCGGCAAACAAAGAGGAGAGCACUCAAGACGAUCUUAUGUCUGAAGCGCUGCAAAGAGACAUCCAGAGUGGUCGACAAGGCACAAUGACUUCGUUCUUCAAGUCCGCUCCCAGAUCCACCCGGAAAGCGGCCACUACCGCAAAAACAAAACCGCCGGCGGAAGCUAAGAAGAAGGCGUUGAAACUGACUGGAAAUAAAAGUCAGGCCAGUCUCCCCGCCGUGCCGAAGCUACAGCCUGCUCAGAAGCAGUCCUUGAUACUCUUUGAGGAAGCUGAUAUCCUUUUCCAAGAGGACCAACAGUUCUGGGCACAUGUCACAAAGCUGGCACACCAUAGCAAACGACCGAUAAUCAUAACAUGCAACAACGAGGGCCUGGUGCCCACCUGGGACCUACCCGUCGCUGCCAUUCUUCGGCUUUCUCCCGUGCCAAUAUCCUUGGCGACGGACUACAUGAUCACUUUGGCUGCGAAAGAAGGCCAUAUACUCGAGAACAAGGCCGUUGCUCAACUGUAUCAAUCACGCGGUUUCGACCUCCGUGCGAGCAUCACUGAAUUGAACUUCUGGUGUCAAAUGGCGAUCGGAGAUCAAAAAGGCGGCCUUGAAUGGAUAUACCAACGAUGGCCGCCCGGCAAAGAUGUCGACCAGAAUGGACGGACAAUCCGUGUAGCGAGUGAAGCGACCUACAUAUCUGGAACGGGAAUGCUACCUCAGGAUACGGUCAAUGCUGUAGAAACCAUCGGUUUCGAUAAAGAGCAUCUUCUGUUGAAAGACGCAUGGAAAGAUUGGGGAUUGCGUCCCAAUGCUCGAGAACCGCCUAAACAGUGCGUCCAUUCGGAUACCGGCCCAUCAUCCGGCUCUAAUCUAGACGCGCUGCAUGGUUUAGACCGUUUUCUAGAUGCCCUCAGCAGUGUCGAUCUAUACUCUCGGGUUGGACUCCCCUCGUAUUAUCGGUAUGAACAGGAACCGACAGACUCGACGCUACCGCCAAUACCGGACAAGGAACGACUGAAUUACACAUCGGAUGCUCCAGUCUUGCAGGUGGACCACUUAUCAGACUUCAGCGACUUCGAUACCGACAUAUUCGUCCAAAUCAAUCUGGAUCUGGAGCGUCAUUUCGGCAGCAGCGCAACGGGCGUUGCCCCUGGCGUUACCAGUGUCAAUCGGUAUAAUGAACUUAUUGAGAUUAUCCUACAAGAUACCGCGAAUAAGUUGACACAGAAUCACAUUGCCCGGCCGGAGUUCUCUGCAGCCUUCGACAUCCUCGCUACUCCCUCUUCAAGUACCCCAUCCAUCUCCUCGCUCUACCCUCUGACGGCAUCUGCUUUCGAUCGUAAUUUCAGCAUUGUCGUUGAGGACUUGGCACCAUACGUCCGCAGCAUCGUGUCACACGAACAGCGCCUUGAGGCUGAAAGGCUUCGUUUAAGUAACCUCCUCUGCGAAGGUGGAAGGAGUAAACGUCCUAGGACAACAAGGGCGAGCCGGGUGGCGUUGGAGGGAGGCACACGAGGAUCUAAGAGAAGGGAGCGCUGGUUUGAUAAGGAUCUGAAUCGGGAAUUGGUCAUGCGUACGGCUGGGCAAAGUUGGGCUGGCUUGGGGACAAAUACAGAAGAUAUCGAGGGGUCGUCCAUUACUGGAGGAAGCCUAGGAGGGACUCAGGAAGGAUGACGUUUUACCAAGUGCUGGCAUUUGCAGAUAUCGAUCUAAAGCACUAUUAUGCAUAGAAAUAUCGGUCAUAGCAACUUAGGCAGCAUAUGAAUCGCUACCAUAGUUAGAUGGGUAUCAUUCAGGAAUCGUUUCUC